AACCACUGUAAGAAUGGAAGGCUCGCGGAAUCCGGACCAUGACAAAACGUCCUUCUGGAAGAAAAACAGCAAAACCGUACCCGGAAGACCGAGCCCGAAAAAGGAUGUAAAAAGCAACGUGAAACCGAAAGUGGUCGGCGCCACGUCCUUCCAGGACUUCCAGGCGUCGGUCAGCGACGCCUGGGCCAUGGAUGACGACGACUUCUGCAUAAUUUCGGGCUUAGAGAGUACGAAAAUCUCCAAGAAGGUGUCGCAAUCCGCGGCUUUGAACGUGCUGAAUAGCCACCGUAACAGCACCGAUAUGCCAGUAACCUCGAAUGAAAAACUAGAAGCUGUAGCUUCGUACGAAGUAGACUAUGUGAGAAAUAACCGAAUUCCAGGUAGACCUCAGCAGCUACGCUGUCUCAACCCUCCGCAAGAUGAGGAUAGUGAAUCUAAACUAGAGCGGUUUGAAAGUGUUUUAGCUAACCCGCCGAGUCUGCCUGAGUUAUGCAAGCUGAGCUGGUCGGGUAUUCCGGUUAAGGUCCGCGCCAUCACGUGGAGGCUGCUAUCCGGCUACUUGCCCAUCAAUUUGGAGCGUCGGAGCGGCGUGCUCGAGAGGAAAAGACAAGAUUAUUGGAAUUUAGUGGAGAAAUAUUACUAUGCUGAGCAUGAUGAGACGAAUCGUGAUAUUCAGCAUCAAAUUAACAUUGAUGUGCCAAGAAUGAACCCUUCGAUACCUUUAUUUCAACAAAAAACUGUACAAAUUAUGUUUGAGAGAAUUUUAUUUAUAUGGUCGAUUAGACAUCCUGCCUCAGGUUAUGUGCAAGGGAUCAAUGAUUUAGUGACUCCAUUUUAUGUUGUGUUCCUUCAAGAGUUUAUUUUAGAUAAUCAAGCGUUUGAGACUUUUCACGUUGAUACCUUAACUGAAGAACAACUGAGAAUUAUAGAAGCGGACUCAUUUUGGUGUUUAUCGAAAUUUUUAGAUGGUAUACAAGAUAAUUAUGUUUUUGCACAAGUCGGUAUACAAAGAAAAGUGCAUCAAUUAGAAGAGCUGAUUAAGAGAGUGGACGAAACUUUACACCGCCAUCUCAAACAACAUAAUGUUAGUUAUUUACAAUUCUCAUUUCGUUGGUUGAACAAUUUACUUACCAGGGAGCUUCCUUUAAGAUGUACUAUCAGGUUGUGGGAUACAUAUUUGGCAGAAAACGAUUGUUUUGCCUCUUUUCAACUUUAUGUAUGUGCUUCUUUUCUUCUUUACUGGAAAGAUGAUUUAAUGCGCCAAAACGAUUUUCAAGGACUGCUUUUAUUACUUCAAAAUCUUCCUACUCAAUCGUGGACAAGUUCUCAAAUUAGUAUUUUAGUUGCUGAGGCGUAUAAAUUGAAAGUUAUGUUUGCAGAUGCUCCGAACCAUUUGCAAAGUAACACUGGUGAUAGCUGAUUAAAUACUGUAUGGUAUUAAACUACAUGUCCUUUUUAAAUGUUUUGAAACAAAACUCUUACAUUUGUUGUUGUAAAUACAUGACUUGACACAUAUUUUUAUAUUGUACCAUAUGUGAUUUGAAGUAAUAGUUACUCAAUAAAACCCAUCAAAUUGUA